CCUGUGCCACCACAAGAAACCUUCAGCAGCACCACCCUCCCUCGUCGCUGCCGCAGAAACAAGUCAAUCAUGGCGCAAGCGGUUGUGCAGACGAUCCGAAGGGAUCCCCAGUUAUUCAUAUGGAUCCUCUUCCCCAUCAUCACGGUUAUGAUCUUAACCGGUGUCCUACGCCACUACGUCACAGUCCUCAUCUCCUCGACGCCGAAGAAACUCGACCUCCCCUCGCUGCGCGAGCAGCGCUCCCUCCAGCGUGGUAUCACCUUCCGCCAGAAUGCAGCCGUCAUCUCCGACGUCGCUUUCCAGGCACGCAAGAACACCCUCGUCUCCGCUUUCCAGUCUGGUGCAUACCUCAAGAACCCCGACGCUAAGGGCCAGCCGCCUGCGAACCCAAUGACUGACCCCGCGGCUAUGGAGGGCAUGAUGGGGAUGAUGAAGGGGAAUAUGACGAUGAUCGUGCCGCAGACUCUCAUCAUGGGGUGGAUCAACGCAUUCUUCAGCGGAUUCGUCGUUUUGAAACUCCCCUUCCCCAUCACCCCAAAGUUCAAACAGAUGCUCCAGGCAGGCGUAGCUACGCGCGACCUUGACGCCCGCUGGGUGUCCUCCAUCUCGCUGUACUUCAUCUGCCUCUUCGGCCUACAGACCGUCUUCAUCUACCUCCUCGGCAGCGACAACGCGGCGAGCCAGAUGGCGCAGCAGCAGAUGGGCGGGCCGCCGCCAGGGGCGAAUAUGAUGGGGCCCGGUGCGGAUCCGGAUAAGAUGUUCCAGGGCGAGGCGGAGAAUAUCGAGGUCAUGGCGCAUGAGUAUAUUUUGGAUGGGGUUGAGGAUAGGUUGCUGCAGAGUGUGAAGGCGUAGGUGGGGUGAGAUGAUAAUGAAUGGGCGUGUAUGAUGUAUUGGAUGAUGCUGUCGGAUAGACUAGAAUUGGCAUGGUUUUGGAAUACAUAAUUGUACACAUCAAAUGAAGCUGAAGAGAUGAAU